CAGUAUGGCGCUGUCCAUGUUGAGUACACACAACUGAUGUCUCUGUGUAAAACCUCAGGCUUUCGUGCAUAAAAAUGAACCGAUACAGUGUUUUUGAAUUAAUCUUAAAGUAUUAACAGAUUUCGGCCUCACCAAAUGAUUAUUUUGUUUUAGAGAAAAACUGUAAGAGCCCAUAAUUUACCAUGUCUGGUUCAAACGUUUGGACUCGCAGCAGAGCGCGGAUGAGACUCUUCCCGGAGCUGCUUGCCCAGUGCUCAGCAGAGGCAGCUGCCUAUGGUAAAUGUGUGUCCACCACAACCAUUGGCAAACAGGAGCUGACCAAAAACAUGUGUGCCAAAGAAUUUGAAGCAUUGAAGAGCUGCUUUGAAUCGGCCGCGAAAAAGGCUGUGAAGUGAAGAAAAUUAUGCAUAAAUGGCAUGUAUUAACAUUGACGGUGUUGAUUAUAAUUUUAACCAGCCACAGAAGAAAGUUGUGUGAUAAAUAUCUUUUUAUCAUAUGUACAUUUGUCUUGUUUAAUUUUUCAUUUCCCUAUAUAUACAUAUGUACAAUAAAGAUUUGUAACAAUGUGUUCAAAAU